GUUUGUAAUUCGGUUCGCAAAAGUUCAAGAUUCCUCACACUCCUAUGUUCCCCCAAUUACAAACAACAUUUUUAAUUUCUCAUCGUUCAAAAAUUUAAGUAUUAUGUACGUCGUUAGUUCGACCCUUCAUAGGAAUUAUGUGUGACAACGACUUACAGUAUAGAUCUAUUUCGUUUAUUAUAAAGGGAUUCGACUAUUUUUAUUUUUCCGACAAUCCCACCUCCAUUUCUCAGAUCUUCUGCAGUUUACUUCUCCUCAACUUCACAUAACUGUUUCAUUCAGUGCACUCACAAAACCAUGAAAUUGUUACACUUUCUUAUCUUGUCAAUCCAAAUGCACCUCUCCUUUUGCUUAGCAGAUCCGAUGGUCAUCAAGAAAUCAAAUGCUACUGCGAAAAUGCUUGUUUUGCCACUGAAAACUCAAGAAAUUCCAUCCGGUUCCUUCCCAAGAAGUCCCAAUAAGCUUUCCUUCACUCACAAUGUAACUCUUACAGUGUCGUUAGCAGUGGGCUCGCCUCCACAGAAUGUCACCAUGGUCCUCGACACAGGCAGUGAACUAUCAUGGCUACACUGCAACAAUACUCGACUAAACAAACCCGUAUUUGACCCGACCGGGUCAUCGUCUUACUCACCUGUAUCUUGUUCUUCACCCACUUGCACGACCCGGACUCAAGACUUCUCCAUACCGGCUUCCUGUGAUUCCAAGAACCUCUGCCAUGCUACACUCUCAUAUGCUGAUGCUUCAUCGUCGGAAGGAAAUCUUGCUUUGGAUACGUUUAAUAUUGGCGGGUCGACCUUUUUGGAUACCGUAUUCGGGUGCAUGGAUUCCGGUUUUAGUAGCAACACAGAUGAGGAUUCCAAGACCACCGGGUUAAUGGGUAUGAAUCGUGGAUCCCUCUCUUUUGUUUCCCAAAUGGGCUUCAAAAAAUUCUCUUAUUGCAUUUCGGGUUCGGAUUUAUCCGGCGUUUUACUAUUGGGCGAUUCCAAUUUUACUUUGUUUUUGCCCUUAAAUUACACUCCCUUAAUCCAAAUUUCUACUCCAUUACCUUAUUUUGAUAGAGUGGCUUACACUGUCCAACUUGAGGGUAUUAAAGUUGAAGAAAAAUUGCUCCAGUUACCCAAGUCCAUAUACGAACCUGAUCAUACCGGGGCGGGUCAAACCAUGGUGGAUUCAGGUACCCAGUUUACUUUUCUUCUUGGACCGGUUUACACGGCUUUGAAGAAUGAGUUUAUGAACCAAACUAGAACGAUUUUACGGGUAUUGGAUGAUCCGAAUUUCGUGUUCCAAGGAGCAUUUGACUUGUGUUUUCUUAUUCCUUUCAAUCAAACGAGUCUACCCAAAUUGCCCUCGGUUAGUUUAAUGUUUCGUGGAGCUGAAAUUAAGGUAUCGGAUAAUAGGUUGCUAUAUCGGGUCUUUGGCGAAGUUAGAGGAAAUGAUUCGGUACAUUGCUUCACAUUUGGGAACUCUGAUCUCCUAUCAAUCGAGUCGUACAUUAUAGGCCAUCAUCAUCAACAAAAUAUGUGGAUGGAAUUUGAUCUUGAGAAGUCAAGGAUUGGUGUUGCUCAAGUAAGAUGUGAUUUGGCAGGACAAAGAUUUGGCGUUUAUCAUCAUUGACUUUAUGCCAUAGUCUAUGUGCACCUUGCACCAUGUAAUUACAGCACCGGUGGACCGGCAAUUUGUUGGAGAUUUUAUUGUAUGGUGCAGGGCCAUAAUAUUACUGUGAUCUCAUGGAUCUACAAUAAAUGUUCCACCCUCAUGAGUGCCGUUGUUGUUGUACAUUUAUGAGUAGGUAUGUAUAAAUGAUGGGAGAUAGGGGAAGAUGGUUAUCCUUCCCAAUUCCCAUAUUUUCUGUAUUGUAUUUAUUUUUCUUGAUUCUUUUUAAGUAAUUUUAGGUUCUUUUCGAUUUUAGUGAGCAUAUUUGCAAUUAA